AUGGCAGAAUUUUACGAGAACGAUGAAGAUGUUCUUCAAAUGAUUCAACAAAUAAAAAAGAUAACAAAAGAAUCGAAAAGAAAAUUCGAAAAUGAGAUAGAUUAUUUAGUUGAAGAUACUAAAACCAAUUUAAUAAAUAAUGUUAAUGAAGAAAAAAAUAUCAUUAAGAAAGAAAGAGAUGAAAAAUUAAAAAAAUUGAAAGAAAAUAUUACAAAACAUGAGAAAAAUAUAAAAGAAAAGCAUAGGUUAUAUCAGAAAUUAAAAUCUGAGUUAGCAGAUGUAGCAAAUAAUUAUAAAAAUAAAAUUAAGGAUUUUUACAAGGAAACAGAAAUUUUUAUGAAAGCUUAUGAGAAUGAUAGAAAGAAAUUAGAAGAGUUAGAAGACAAAGAAUGGAAAGAGUUGAAUAAUCAAUGUAUUGAAAUUUUAAAUAAAACAAAAUCUAGUAUGUGUGUCACUAAAGACCAAACUAAUGAAAAGCUCAGAAAAGCUUUGAAAUCAAUACUCUAA